AUGGGGAAGACAAGCAAAUGGAUUAGGAAUCUUUUGAAAGGGAUGAAAGGCAAAGAAAAAGAGAAGGAAGAUUGUGGAAAUGGAACAGAAAAUCCAACUACUCCAAACUCAGGGACGCCGAAGGAGAAGAGAAGAUGGAGUUUCAGAAGAUUAUCAGCUUCCAAGGAAGUUCAUGUUGCAGAAUCAAGUGUCACUUCUUCAGUGAAUUUACAAACUGUCAUGGAUUCGCAGAAUUAUCAGAGGAAGCAUGUCAUGGAUGUUGCUGCUGCUGAUGGUGUGGUCUUCUUGAGUUCUUGUUCCAAUGGAGGAACUAGAAAGAGUAUUGAAGUGGCUUCUGCUAUUAAAAUUCAAUCUGUCUUUAGAUCUUACUUGGCGAGAAAGGCAUUGUGUGCUCUUAGAGGAAUAGUGAAGCUGCAAGCACUAGUAAGAGGUCAUUUAGUGAGAAAACAAGCAACUGAAACACUAAGAUGUAUGCAAGCUUUGGUCUUAGCACAAGCAAGAGCCUGUGCUCAAAGGGCUAGAAUGUUAUCAGAAGAAAAGGCUAAUCAAAAGCAUGCAACCUACAGAAAUGCCACAGAGGAGAGCUUAUUCAUGCAAAUGUAUAAUGAAAUGGAAAGAGGGUUAGAAGAGAAUAUAAAGACAGUAGAGAUGGAUGUUUGUGAAUCCAAAGGUAACUUAAGAAACAGAAACAACACUACAAAUCAUGAACACCAUGGAUUCUCUGAACAUAGACAUUCAGCAUAUUAUUCACCAAAUGCUUCAUACUCAAAGAAAGAAAACUACAAAGUAUCACCUACACCAUCCGCACGAACCGAUUCAAGUCCAAAAGCAUGCAGUGGAUAUUUCGAGGACGGUUACUUCAGUACAGCACAGAACAGUCCCUAUUAUUACUCAGCAGUUUCAAGAGCAGAUGAUUCAAAGCUUCCUUUCUCUUUCACUAGACAAUCCUAUGAAGAAUCCAUGUCCAAUGAGUAUCCAUUAUUUCCAAAUUACAUGGCUAACACAGAAUCAUCAAGAGCUAAAGUAAGAUCACAGAGUGCACCGAAACAAAGGCCGGACUCGUACGAAAGGCAACCGAGUCGGCGAAGAGCAUCUGUGGAAGGAAGAAAUGUUCCAAGGCCAGUGAGGAUGUUGAGAUCAUCUUCACAUGUUGGUUCCACUGCACAAAACUAUCAAUAUCCAUGGUCUGUAAAGCUUGAUAAGUCCUCGUCCUCACUCAAUGACAAUGAGUGUGGCUCUACAAGUACAGUACUAACAAACUCUAACUAUUGCAGAUCUCUUGUUUCAUAUAAUCCUCAUGGACCAAGCUACCGAUAA